AUGAAAUACUCGAGAAACCCCACAGUCACACCCCCUGUGCUCCAGCAAUUAGGUCUGCAACACAUGAUACAUCGCUCCAGAUCCGAUACACCGGAUUCUAAAACUGGGGCGGUAAAGUGCCGAGAAAACUGGACGGGGACGGCUAAGGAUUGGUACAAGAUAAUAUCUAGCAUGUGCUCAUCAACUACCAAGACCAAGGGUAAAAUAUUAAGAGCAGAACUCACUCGAGCGACUAGUGACCGGACAACGUUAGAUAUUGUUGAGGCUAGCACUGAGAUGAAAUCAACGGAUCAUUUGGGUUUAUGCAACAACUAUGAGGAAGCCAGCACCGGAAGAUGCUAUCGAGACCUCGCCAUCAUCGCCCAUAUCCAACGAACCUUGAGUUCCAUCCACGACAUGGGGGUGCCGCUGGCGUUAUGUCUGAACAUCUGUAACACGCUAGCGAUUCACGGCAUGGUAUUGAGAAAUCAUCUACCCGACCCGCCUGAUUUAAGGAAUGGGAUGUCCGGGGAGAGAACGUAUCACCGAACAGAGAACUGCGGCAAGGUUCACACUCAACUCCAGGAAGACAAAACGCUUUACACCUCGUUCAUCAGAAAGGCCAUUCCAUGGCUCGUGUCCCAGCUACGUCAAGAGGCGCUACCCACAUACCGUUCGACAGGGGCACAAAGACAACACCUACAGGGCAAAUGGUACACAUCACGAUUCAUCGUUGGCGUCAAUUGUAGUUGGAGAACCACCCGCAUCUCCAAGCUACACCACUGUCAGCAAGACCACAUCACAGAUGAGGCAGGGGGUUGCUGGGAUACGCGAAGAACCACAUAUCCGAAGAUGUCGGCACCUCGCCCAAUCUACACGCUCGCCGGUAUAAGGAACGGAGUCGAGACUAGUGGCCAGACUAGUGCUAAAGCCGACUAUACCGGCGUCGGCAACCAGAAUCAAGGACCAAAGGGUAUUACUUAUGAAGACCUCAUUGCGGGCGACGAGAACAUCACGGCAGACGUUCAGCUCGAGGAUCCGCAGAAGAUUCUGACACGUGCACUCGGGCCCUUGAGUUUGGUCAGUAACAUCAAGUUCAAGAUCGAUGGCAAAGAGUCACUCGGGCACAAUAAUGAAAUUUGCCAGGGAUGUUGGGAGUUUAUAAUCGAAGUCGUUCGAUUCAAAACAUGGAAGGGCGCAUACGUCCACGCUGGACUGCAUAGUGUGUCAGUUCCUCCCAAGUGGAGUCUUUGGGGCAUCGGGAGUUGCUCACUCGUCAUCAACAGAGCUCCGCAACCCUCCACCCCGGAGGCAGCCACCAUCGCACCACCAGCCAUACCCUGGCAAAACUCACCCACGCUAUUGCCAGCCUGCGAGCAUAUGUUUUGGUUGCUCUGCCGACUAAUUCUCCACUACUACUCGAACUCUGUCCAAGGGAUAGGAACUUACCAAACAUCCCGGCCUCAAACGAACACUCCAAAUUACAGCGAAACUCUCCACCAGUACCCCAUACAGGCUGACUCCAUUCAACCCACAAACAUCUCACCCCUUACCCUCUCACACCCCGUCUCCCAACAUCCACCACUGAGCCUCCCACCCCAUGUUCGCUCCCGCCAUCUCACCCAGGCCUCAAGCAGCAGGAUCUCAUCUCGAAUACCCCCUCUCACCGAUCCGUGUCAUCGAAGGCGUAAUAAGAGCAAACUCUAUGAGCGGGUCUCCUCAGCUGCUAGCCUCGCAGACAUGCAGUGGGGCAAGGCCUUAGAUUUAAACUUCAAGAGCACAUGGUCGAGAAUGGUUGCGCGAGAAUUCUCCGUACACCGCGGUGCUAAAGGUGGAUUUUCGAUAAUGCCCCCUCUGUCGAUACGGGACUUGAAGCCCACGCUGAAAAAGAUUGAGGUUGCCAACUACUUGAAUACAUUGGAGGCGACAGGAAACUGCACAACUAACGACUCACCACCCAAGAUAAUGGAAAGGGGACCAAGAAGCUUCCAUAACCUGACCCACUGUUACGGAAAUGAAUCAAAGACACUAGAGAUACGAGCAAUUGGACGAGAAUUGAAGAUGAGAUGUGUGCUGAAGAGACAGGAAAUUAUGGUAGGGUUGAAUGGAUUGGCGAGAAGAAUGGGGGCGAGGAUGAUGAGAACGAUUGAGAAGAUGACUGAGAAGACGGCCGAACGCGACAGACAAGAGGAUAAGGCGAUACUCCAAGCCGCCUACCGACGAAAAUGUAACUGUAAGGUUGACCGGAUGACACCAACGCAAAAUGAGACGGACGGUUGA